AUUUGAGUGGAGCACUGGCGGACUGUUGUACACAGAGCCGGGCUUGGUGUCGUCAAUGGGAAGCGUGCGAGACAGUGGCAAAGCGAGUUACGGUCUAGAGUGAAAUCCGCAGGCUGCACCAUGCUCUCCAGGUCCAUCCCGUGCGUGUGGAUUACAGUUUGCCUCCAUCUGUGCUGUUACGUGGACAGCGGGGACGCACAAAACGCGAAAGAAGUGAUUCUGCUGGACUCCAAGGCACAGCAGACAGAACUGGAGUGGAUCUCCUAUCCUCCCAACGGGUGGGAAGAAAUCAGCGGCUUGGAUGAGAACUACACACCUAUCCGCACGUACCAGGUUUGCCAAGUCAUGGAGCCCAAUCAGAAUAACUGGCUUCGGACUAACUGGGUAGAGAAGGGCGAUGCUCAGAGAAUUUUUGUGGAACUGAAGUUCACCCUGAGGGAUUGUAACAGUUUGCCUGGUGUGGUGGGCACUUGCAAGGAGACGUUCAACUUGUAUUACCAGGAAACGGAUUCAGAGGUGGGCAGGAACUUACGGGAGAACCAGUACGUAAAGAUUGACACGAUCGCUGCAGACGAAAGCUUCACUCAGGGUGACCUGGGCGAGAGGAAGAUGAAGCUGAACACAGAAGUGCGCAUAAUUGGCCCCCUGUCCAGGCGGGGCUUCUACCUGGCCUUCCAGGAUGUAGGGGCGUGCAUCGCCCUGGUCUCUGUCAAAGUUUACUACAAGAAGUGUUGGUCUAUCAUCGAGAACCUGGCCACAUUCCCCGACACCGUGACGGGAUCAGAGUUUUCCUCGCUGGUGGAGGUCCAGGGCAUGUGCGUGAGCGACGCCGAGGAGGAGGCCGACAACUCUCCCAAGAUGCACUGCAGCGCCGAAGGGGAAUGGCUGGUGCCCAUUGGGAAAUGUAUAUGCAAGGCUGGAUUUCAUCAGAAGGGAGAUGCGUGUGAACCAUGCGGUCGCGGUUUCUACAAGUCUUCCUCCCAGGACCUUCAGUGCUCUCGCUGUCCAGCGCACAGCUUCAACGACCGCGAGGGCUCCUGGCGCUGCGACUGCGAGGACGGUUACUACCGAGCACUCUCUGACCCUCCGUCUGUGGCCUGCACAAGACCUCCCUCGGCGCCACAGAACCUGGUCUACAACAUCAACCAGACCACUGUUAGCCUGGAGUGGAGCCCGCCGGCCGACACAGGCGGCCGCAAUGAUGUCAGCUACAGGGUAAUAUGCCGGCGCUGCAGCUGGGAACCUGAGGAGUGUGUGCCGUGCGGGACGAAUGUGGGAUAUUCUCCUGCACAGUCAGGAUUAGUGGACACUUACGUGACCAUCAUGGACCUGCUCGCCCACGCCAACUACACGUUUGAGGUGGAGGCUGUCAAUGGGGUCUCGGACUUGGGCCGCACACAGAGGCUGUUUGCAGCGGUGAGCAUCGCCACUGGUCAAGCAGCUCCAUCCCAGGUCAGCGAGGUCAUCAAGGAGAAGGUGCAGCAGCGCAGCAUCCAGCUCUCCUGGCAGGAGCCGCAGCAGCCCAACGGCGUCAUCACGGAAUAUGAAAUCAAAUACUAUGAAAAAGAUCAGAAGGAUAAGAUUUACUCCACGGUGAGGUCCAAGUCCACAUCGGCCACAGUGAACAACCUGAAGCCCAGCACGGCCUACGUGUUCCAGAUCCGGGCCUUCACUCAGGCGGGUUAUGGGACCUUCGGCCCCAGACUGGAGAUAACCACCAAGGAGGAGGCCACAGCUGCGAUUGUCUCCAGCGAGCAGAACCCCGUCAUCAUCAUAGCAGUGGUGGCCGUGGCGGGAACCAUCAUCCUGGUGUUCAUGGUGUUCGGCUUCAUCAUCGGGAGAAGGCACUGCGGGUACAGCAAAGCGGAUCAGGAGGGAGAUGAGGAGCUCUACUUCCAGUUCAAAUUUCCAGGCACCAAAACCUACAUUGACCCUGAGACGUACGAGGACCCAAGCAGGGCUGUCCAUCAAUUUGCCAAGGAGCUGGACGCCUCCUGCAUUAAAAUCGAGCGGGUUAUUGGAGCAGGGGAGUUUGGGGAGGUGUGCAGCGGCCGGCUCAAGCUGCCGGGAAAGCGGGACGUGUCGGUGGCGAUCAAGACGCUGAAAGUGGGCUACACGGAGAAGCAGAGGCGGGAGUUCCUUUGCGAGGCCAGCAUCAUGGGACAGUUUGACCAUCCCAAUGUUGUUCAUCUGGAAGGUGUUGUGACAAGAGGAAAACCAGUCAUGAUUGUCAUCGAGUACAUGGAGAACGGCUCAUUAGACGCUUUCCUCAGGAAACACGAUGGUCAGUUCACAGUCAUCCAGCUGGUGGGGAUGCUGCGGGGCAUUGCGGCGGGAAUGAGGUAUCUCGCCGAUAUGGGAUACGUCCAUCGAGAUCUGGCUGCGCGAAACAUCCUUGUCAACAGCAAUCUCGUAUGUAAAGUGUCGGACUUCGGCCUGUCCAGGGUGAUCGACGAUGAUCCGGAGGCUGUCUAUACAACAUCUGGGAAGAUGCAGGAUGUUAUGAAUUUGAUCUUUGCUCCAGCCACUGACCUGCGUUUUUAUGGACAGGGCGGCAAAAUACCUGUGAGGUGGACCGCGCCCGAAGCCAUCCAGUAUCGCAAGUUCACCUCCGCAAGUGAUGUGUGGAGUUAUGGUAUUGUCAUGUGGGAGGUGAUGUCCUAUGGGGAACGGCCUUACUGGGACAUGUCCAAUCAAGAUGUCAUUAAAGCGAUAGAGGAGGGCUACCGUCUUCCAGCCCCCAUGGACUGUCCGCCAGGCCUGCAUCAGCUAAUGCUGGACUGCUGGCAGAAAGAACGAGCCGAACGGCCCAAAUUUGAUCAGAUAGUUGGCAUCCUCGAUAAGAUGAUCCGUAACCCCAACACCUUGAAAACCCCAGUGGGGACGUGUACAAGACCAAUUAGUCCACUGUUAGAUCAGAGCACACCAGACUUCACCGCGUUCCGCUCGGUGGGAGAGUGGCUGGAAGCCAUCAAGAUGGAACGAUACAGAGACAACUUCACAGCGGCUGGCUACAGUUCCCUGGAAUCUGUGGCCAGGAUGUCAAUCGAGGACGUGAUGAGCUUGGGGAUCACGCUGGUGGGCCAUCAGAAAAAGAUCAUGAGCAGCAUACAGACUAUGAGGGCCCAGAUGCUCCAUCUCCACGGCACCGGUGUCCAGGUGUGACUGGGACCGGCCACCUCGGGCAGGGGCGAUCACGAAAACCAGAGCGUACCUGGAGCAGCGCCUGGGACGUUUUACCGGGAUCUUCAAAGUAAACAGACAUCUGUUAUGUCUGACUCUUCCGGCUGUGUCCGGAGUGAAAUCAUUCCUUUGUUCCUCAGUGAAGGAUUGUGGUCCGCAUCUUCGGAGGGCACUAAAGAGAGGAAAAGGGCAACAAAAAACAAAACAGUAACAAAAAAAGAAACUACCUGGACGAGACUUUUCUUUGUUCUUUUUCUUGUUUUUGAGGCGCUUACAGACUCAACCACAUAUCAAAUGGCACAUUGGAAAGAAGUUUGACGCUGACGUUCCUUUAACUUAAUGAAUGAUUUGAGUGCACACCAUGGCCAUGGAUUUCCUUUAAUGAGAACAAAAAACAAAAACAUCUUGCAAUGGUUUCACUUCUUUGUUUUUCUAUCUGUUCAUUUUCUUUGUAUCUGCCACAGUGACAUGUUGCUGCGCAUGCAGCGAUGCUUUUUGCUCUUCUAUCUGGACUUGACAACAGGGUAAACUCCUCUUUUAUCCAAAACAGAGGGAAAUCUCUCGGCACAGAUCCCACGGUCCCCGUCUGUGCCGAGACACGCUGGGCUGUUUGAACUAUUUGCAGUGGUUGGUGUUUUCAUGCUAUCCUCACGUGCUUGUUUGCGGCCGACGGGCGUUUUUUGACGUGGUUUCAACCUCUCACAUUUUUGUAUUAGGUAAUUUUCCCAAGAGUGCAACACUCGAGGAGACGGAAGAUGUGAACUCUUCUUUGACUCGCAAGACUUUUUUUCUUUAUCCGAGUAGCAAUAUCCUUUGUCUUAGUGUUCACUACAGGAAACACAGAAACAAUUACUUGGUUGUUGAGUAGAAUGUUUUAGCACUGUUGAAAGAUUGUAUUGAAAUUGAAGCCAACGCAUAUUGUUUUGCCAUGAUUUUGCCUAAAAUGUUGCACACAGGAAUUUGUAAGGGGUGGAUCCAAGAAAGGUGUAGACGUAAUACUGCCUUAAAAUACGUUACAUUCAUUUUGCCACUAUUUUAGGCACUGCAAUGGCAACGCUUUUUGCGGUUCAUUUUGAGGGCGGACAAGCUCCCUGUUGUUUAGUUGUUUUCUUUCUAUCUGGAACUUGAACAGACACGGUUUAACGCCACAAGCGGCACAGUCAGCGAAGAGGAGAUGAACUUAACAGAGCAAUAAUUACCAGGUAGAAAUGGUCCUCACCUGAGAUUUUUUUUUUUUUAAGGUGCUAGGUAUAAACACAUAUGAGAGUGCUGUGCUGAGACAAAACCCUUUGGAAAGAUUCAGUCACCGCUGGAAAGGAAAGGAAUGUACCUCUUUAACCUAAGAACGGUUUUGGAACGUGGUCAGACAAGAAAAAAAAAGAAAAAAAGAAACUGCUGUGCCAAGUCAUCAAAUGAAAUAAUCAUGUCGUACUUUGCCACUAUGAUAAGCUGAAGGUUUGAUGAAAACCGAACAUGGCAGGGAAAUGUUUAACUGAGUGGCUGCAGAGAUGAAAGAGGCAACAUUCGAAACACAAGAAAGGUGCCAAUUAGCCGUGCUGAUAUUAUCUUACACCAACGCCGCCGCCCAGAAAUCAAAGCGCCCCCUUCAGGGUUUGGGUGUUAAAGUGUGGGAACGUGUGACAAGCACUGAUCGUGCCGCUUAAGUUCACGGCCCUGCCUCUGUAGGCAGCCAAUGCAGCCACCUUUGUUUAUUCAUGCAUCUCCACCACUCAUCCCUCACAGGCAUAAAUGGAACAUGCAUUAAAGUGUCUCUUAGGAUUGCUGCUCUUUUCUCCCAUACGCGUGCGGUGUGUACUGAGAAUAGAGACGAGGGUUUUUUUGCAGAAGACGUCGUCCUAAAAGCCAAUCAACCUAUUUGGUGCCAUCUGUCUCCACUUCACAUGCAAAAAAAGGCAUGUUUCCAUGUUGAGUGUGUUUUUUGUGCAGUUUGAAUAAGAAAAAAAACACUUCACAGUAAACAGAAAAAAAACCCACUAGCAUUUUCUUUUAUUGCUACUGCAGCCUGAGAUAUAAAUCGAUAUUUUCACGAAUGCAGUCAUUUUGUUAAAGUUUAUUAUUGAAUUUACAUUUAAAUUCAAAAAAAUUCUAAUUAAAUUUUAACACCUUCAGAGCAGGUAAAGCUGAACUAAUAUGAAAAAAAAGAGCAAAUAUUGUCACGGCAAUAAAUGUGUUAGUUUAAUGUGUACUGCACAAAUGGGUAAUCAAAUCACACGAACAUUUCUUGAUCUCUCAACUUUUGACCUGUAAAAUGUACAUUUUGGUGAACUUCAUCUAAACUCUCUCUGGUUGGUGUCGUCAGAACAAAAAUAUGGCUGCGUAGCAGAAGCAGUUUAGGUGCUUGCAGUGAACCACCACAGUAAUUCACAGUGUUGUACAGGUUAUUAACUCUCUUUGACUUCAGUGCAGUAUUGCCCUGACUACGUGUAGAACUCAGUAAAUGUUUAGUGUCCAUAUGUGUAAACUGUGCUGUCCAGUGAUGUGGACUCUUGUCCUGUGACGAUCACAGGUUGGAAUCCAGCCCUGCAGCUUCAGUGUGUGACCAUGUCAAUCACUGUGCCUGCACCAUUUACUUAGGAACCAUAUUCAAAAUGAAACCAGUUAUUAGAACCCACCAAAAAAGCAUUCAGCUGUUCUAUUGAUCAGGUGUUUCAGCAUGAAUGGCCACCACAAACGACCAGAACACACUCGAACGCACAUUCGGAAGCUUCAAACUGUAUCGGCCUGUCAUGGACGCACGUUCAGAUCCAUUCUCCCCGUGGGACUUGCGCUGAGCGGCUCCGAGCCCCCGUGUCACACACACAAACACACACACCCUCACUUUAUCCAUACAGCAAAGCUCAGCAAUUGGGUCUUAGCCAGACCUUUGAAUUGAAUACCGGCAUAAAGUCAUUCAGUCAGCACAAAACUCCCCAGUUCACAGGCAGCUCUCUGUCUCACCAGCCCCCAUCCCGGCUCUGAUUUUCAAACCGGGCCCCUGGAGGCUGCUCACACCCUGAGGUAUAAUGCCUCUGAUCCCCUCUUUCCUCCCCCCUGUGCUGGGAGAAACAGCAGUUUCGGCCAAAUUGAGAUUAAAUUGAUUCAUCGUCCAAAUCACCUGCAACCUUCACCAGCGAAGUCACUUUACUGUCUGUUCUAGCCUGUUCCAUCCCCAUUCUCAACUUGAGCUUACUCAGCUUUGGACAAAAACAGGUUUUGCUGUGGCUGUAUUUUAGCAAAACGCACACACACACACACACACACAUAAUCGCAUAAAACGAUAAAACACAGGAACCUGCAGGAUGUAGGCCGUUGGUCGGAAUCAGGAAUCGCUGAUAGAGUAUGAAGUUAUUUUUCAAAUCUUGUGGUACAGCAGUUGGACAUGAGUUUCACCGCUUUGGCGAGGUGGUGGAUAGUUCCAAAGAGUGCAGCACUGUUGAUUGUGUCAGACAGAGUCGAGAUGUGAGGGAAUCUUUGUAUAUGUUCUAAUUGUAAAACUUGUACAUUUUAUUUAUAUUGUUUUUUACACAUAUUACUCAGUAGAGAGCUCUGAAUACAUUGAAAAUGCACUAUAUUUUUAUAUCUUGCUGAUGAAUUAUUGUCACCCACAAGAUUUCAGUUGUACAUAAUUUCUCAUUUAGGACCAAAGACAGUUGAUAGGAUCUCCAUCUUUACUUUGACUUUGUCUUUAUUUUUGCCUUUUAGUUUGUUGUACAGUAAUACAAAUUGUCAAUGUAUUAUUUAUUUUUCUGUGAUGAAAGUAUUGAGAAUAUUCACUGGUCAAAAGUAUUUUCCCCCGACGGAAGAAGAUCAUUUAAUUAGACAAUUUCUUGUUACAUAGACAAUUCUUUUUGCUUUGUAACCUUUGUAAUAGACUGUACAUAUAUUUUUGGAAAUAUAAUACAAUCUCUAUAGAA